AUGAUGGCUAAUGUGGGGGAAAACGGAGUAAGUUCGUUGAACAUGUUGAAACGUAAGAAGGAAGACUGUGCAGAGGAACUAGAGGCAGAGAUCAAGAGGGUAGCAUUGCACGAUGAUUCAGAAUGUCCCACCACAGCAUCCAUGGAAUCUAUGGACUCAGAUGCUAGGAGUAUGAGUCGGUUGAGUGAUGGAGAAUCCGUGGACAACGUUGCCACUGAAGGAGAUGCAAGAGAUCAAAGGAGCCGACAAGCGCAUUUAAGAAUGUUGUGCCUAGUGAAACAAGCAUCUAUGAUUGUGGGACAUAAGGGUGAGACUAUUUCAAGGAUUAAAUCAAUGACCAACACAAGGAUCAACGUUUCUGAAAAUGUAAGAGGAGUUCCUGAAAGGGUCGUUUACGUGAGAGGUUCUUGUGAAAAUGUGGCAAGAGCCUUUGGUAUGAUUGUAAGAACACUUAACGACAGAGGAAGUGGUAAUAAUGAUAAGAGUUUUGAUGAUAUACCGACAACCAUAAAUCUACUCAUAUCACAUCAUCUGAUGGGUGUUGUUAUUGGUAAACAUGGAUCAAGACUUAAGGAAGUAGAAGAGUUAAGUGCCGCUAGAUUGACAGCUAUGCCAGAACAGUUAAUGAUGUCAAAUGAUCGUAUUCUUACAAUUGAAGGUGUUGCAGAUGCCCUUCAUAUCGCUACCUUUUAUGUGGCUCAAACUAUACUAACAUGCAAAGAUGCCUUUAAAUUCAAAAAGGCUAUUUUUUACCAACCAAGUCCGUUAUAUUCAGUUUUACUCAAUGGUGGAAUGUCACCCAUGGUUUAUUCGCAUCAACAGCAUCAUCAGUAUCAUCCAGCUGAUAAAUACCGUAACGGCAAAAGGUUGCCACGCUCUGGGGUAAUGUUUAUGGUGCCGGCAGCGGGUACUACACCCCAAACGGUCCCACAACGUCCAACACCAGUCAUGUAUACGGCUGCUAAUGCUGCAACUGCACCAGCUUUUACACCGAAUUUUAUGAUUCCCAACGUUCGCAUAAUCGAUGGUCCUGUAGCUACGCCAGUAGCCCAAACUAUGGCCAUUGUCCAACAAGAAAUUUACAUCGAUGAGAAUUUUGUGGGUAAUAUAAUAGGUAAAGACGGUAAGCAUAUUAAUUCUAUAAAGGAAUCCACUGGUUGCUCCAUCUUUAUCGAUGAUCCAGUUAGUGGUGCUCUCGAGAGGAAAUUGACCGUUAGAGGUACUUCUAUGGGAUCACAAGCUGCCAUUAUGCUAAUAAGCAAUAAGAUUGAAAUUGAUAAAAUUAACAAGGAGAGGAAAAGAUAA